AUGUCUAUCGCCCUGAAUAGACUAGCUCGAGGCAGUAGUCGAUUCAUUCGAUCUUCUCAAUUAUUAAAAUGUGUCCAACAUUCAUCUACCUUGACAUCCCCGAUCAGAGUGCCCAUGCCAUACUUUGACGCCGAUAGAUUCAUAGCCGGUCUCGGAAAGGAAGGAUUUUCUGCUCAACAAGCACAGGCUGUAAUUGAUGCAUUAGAAGAUGUGGUUACUGAAAGUACCAUCAAUGUUACAGGGUCUCUUGUUAGCAGAGCUGAACAAGAAGAUGCAAGAGAGUUUGCCAAAUUAAAGUCGGAAAUCCAGAUUACAGAGAAAAGAGACGUAGAGGAGGCCAAGUUAGCCAAUGAGCGACUUAAGUCUGAACUUGAUAAACUUCGAAAAUCCCUUCAAGAAGAUAUUGUUCGUAGCCAGGCUGGAGUGCGUCUAGAUCUAAACUUAGAAAAAGGACGCAUUAGAGAUGAGCUUGUUGGACACCAUGAGAAGCUGAGCGCGACAGACGAGAAGAUUGAAGGCGAAGUUCUUGAAUUGAGGCGACACAUGAAAGAAAUAAAACUGCAGAUCCUUCAAUACAUGAUUGGUACAAUCACAGGAGCCGGUACUUUGAUUUUAGGAUAUGUCCAUUUCCUCCAUUAG